AUGUCAAUGCCAGUCGGACCUGGGAUGGACCAUAUCAUGAACAUGAUGUCUUUGCACCAGCAAGCACUUCAUCAGCUGGUGGAUUCACAGCACGAGACCCUCCGUGAAGCUUUGCGACAUGCGGAUGUGGGUGAUGAGGUAGUUCAGCCCGAGCCUGCACAUCAGAUGCUCGUGUUGGAAGGUGCCUUCCAAUGCCUGGAGCACCGUGCUCGUCCUUUGCAGCCGCUGUUGCCACCAGAUAUUGACCCUGCCCCGCAAACACUUCAGUGGACCAGCCAGUCAGAGACUGUCAGCGUCCCCAGCCCUCGCGUGAGCGACGAUGUGAUGGAUCACGCAGUGUCUGCAAAGAUCCAGGAAAUCGAUUCUCAACUCGAGUCGGAGAUUCAGAACGGCGGCGCAGAUCCCGACAGCAUGAACUUGGGCAGAAUGUCAGAAGGCACGAACCCCUUCGGAGGGAAGGACCAGGGCAAGAGCCCCAUCCUGAUGCGAUUGGACAUGCUGGCUGGGAUCUUCGUGCUAUUGAACUCGCUGGUCAUGGCCGUGGAGCUGGAGUUGGAAGGACGCGCCACCGGCUCCAAGAUAGGUCUGGAGACCUUACCUGGUGUUGACAUGUCCGACUUCUUCAACGCCUGCGACAAUAUCUUUGCAGUGUUGUACUUCCUCGAACUCUGUGCGCGGAUAUACUACGAGGGCUGCCGCUUUUUCCGUGGUGCCGCGAACUGGUUCGACAUCUUCCUUGCCACCACCACGUGCCUAGAUGUCUGGCUGUUGAGGCCAAUGGCUCUGGGAGGCGGUGCAACCGACCAGAUGAUCCUGUUGCGUCUGGCACGUGCCGUGAAAUCGAUGCGGGCGAUUCGCAUGGUGCGUACAUUGCGCCUUUUUCGCGGACUGCGUGUUCUUGUGAUGGCUUGUAUUUCCUUCCUUCCCUCGCUUUGCUGGUCUAUGGUAUUGCUUGCAGUGUUCAUGAUCAUGGGUGCACUGAUGCUGGGCAACCUGUUGCAAGAGUUCAUCGCCAAUCCGGAUGAGGACAUGAUAUGGCGGGAGUGGAUCUGGGUCCAUUAUGGUACAGCGCUGCGCUCAAUGUAUACGCUUUACGAAAUUACCUUUGCAGGCAACUGGCCUACAUAUGCACGGCCGGUGAUUGAUCAAGUGAGCAGUGUCUUUUCCAUUUUCUUUCUCGCCUACAUAACGCUGGUGGUGUUCGCCGUAAUUCGUGUGAUAACUGCAAUUUUUCUCAAAGACACUUUGGACGCCGCAAGCAACGAUGCGGAGCAUCUUGUUGUGGAGCGGUUACAGAAGAAGUCGCAGUAUGUGAAAAAACUGGAAAGAGUGUUCCAGGCUAUCGAUGAGACAGGCAAUGGUAUGAUUUCCCAGUCGCAGCUUUCAUCUGUGUUGCAAGACCCGAUCGUGCGAGCUUAUUUCCAGACGCUAGAGGUGGAUGUGCACGAAGGCGUUGCUGGCUGGGAGUUUGAUUUUUUGAAGUUCAUGCAAACACGAUCUGUGAGAAGUGUCGGUGCCCAGACACAGCUGAACUCUCGCUUCAGAUUAGCUCGGCAACUGGGCCAAGAAGUGGCCCAGGUUGACGUCUUGAGUGGAGUACCGAUAGCUCUCAUGGAAAACCUGGCGAUGCUGGUAAAAGUCGCGGUUAAGGCCGUCAAGGAUUUCGGGUUCAAGAUUGCUUACGACAACCACUUUUCCGAUGAGAUGUUUAGCCCGCGGACAAAGACAGGGAACCGAAGAAAGAACGAGAGAGACGGCGAGGGAGGGCCAGGAGCUUUCUGCCAUGUGCUGGACCUGGUGCGGACUGGCGAGGCCAUGGUUUUUGGGGUCUACGCGCUGUCGAUUUUUGAAGCCAUGCCGGAUGACAGCUGUGCUCCCGACGUCAUCAGCUUCAACUCGUGCAUCAGCUCGUGCCAGAAGGCCUCACGAUGGCCUUGGGCGAUACACCUGCUGUUCAGCAUGGUUGGGGCCGCCUUAGCCGCGAACUCGAUCAGCUACAAUGCCGCGAUUGGGGCCUGCCAGCGCACAGGCCACUGGCAGCAGGCUCUGCAACUUCUGCGGUCGAUGCCCACAGCCACGGUGGAACCGAGCGUGAUCAGCUACAAUGUUGGUGUCAGCGCUUGCGAAGAAGCGGCGCAAUGGCAAGCGGCCUUGCAGCUUUUCGGUGAACUCUGCGGUUCGCAGGAUGUGGCGCCCGACGCCUUCAGCUACAAUGCCGUCUUCCGGGUUCUGGAUGUCACGGGUCACUGGCAAAUGGUGCUGUGCCUGUUUCGCGACAUGGCAAGUCGUCGCGUGUGUCCGAGCGUGGUCAACUUCAAUACUGCCAUCAGUGCGCUGGGAAGAGAGGGGCAGUGGCAGUUGACCGGGCAGAUGCUUGGGGAUAUGGUGCGCACAUCCGUGUCUCGCGAUGUCAUCACAUACAAUGCCACUGUCAGCUCGCUUGAGACUGCCAGCGAAUGGGAGCUCGCGGUCAAGACCUUUGCCUCCAUGAUGGAGGACGGGGUGGUGCCCACCGUCGUCAGCUUCAACGCAUGCAUUCGUGCAUUCGAAGCCGGGGGCUGCUGGAACUUGGCCUUGCAGCUCUUGGAGGACAUGCCAGCCGCCAAGGUCUCCCCUGAUGUUGCUACCGGGAAUGCCGUCAUCAAUGCUUGCGGAAAGAAUGCCCAGUGGCUGAUGUCGAUGCAGCUGUUUCGGCGCCUGCCUGAGAUGCAGAUCGCGCCGGACACCGUCAGCUUCAACACCACCAUGAGCAUCCUGGAGGCUGCUCAGCUUUGGGAAGAGGCCCUGGAUCUCUUUCGGUCCAUGCUCGAAACCAGGAUUUCGCCAGACCACUUCAGCUACAAUGCUGCAAUGAGCGCCGGGGCUCAGGGUGGGCAGUGGCAGCUCGCCCGACAACUUUUCGGCACCAUGUGCGAUGCGGAAGUCAUGCCGGAUGUGUAUAGCUAUAGCACCCUGUCCACUGCCUACACUGCAGCGAGCCAGUGGCAGCUGGCGGUUCAACUCUUUCACAGCAUGCCGGCCGGUGUUGCCACAGAUGCGGUCUGCUACAACACCGCCAUGCUUGCCUACCAGACUGGCGAACAGUGGCAGCCCUCACUGCAGCUCUUUGAGGACAUGAGGGCUGCGACGAUUCCAGCGGAUGUUCUCAGCUACAAUGGCGCCAUAUCAUCCUGCCAGAAAGGUGCUCAGUGGCAGCCAUGCUUGAGCCUCCUUCAGCAGAUGCUUGCCGCGAAACUGCCGCCAGAUACCAUCAGCUACGUGUCUGCCAUCAGCUGCAAUGAGAAGGCUGGGCAGUGGGAAUGGGCGGUACAUCUGCUUGGAUCGAUGCAAGCGAGCCAUGUCAGCGUGAACAGCAGCUGCUACAACGGAGUCAUGCGGGCGUGUGGGCUUGCCACGGAAUGGCAACGGAGUCUGGAGGUCUUCGGGCGUGCAACAAGAAGCCUGGGUGCCGACCCGGAACUUCACGACGGGAUCCUGGAUGCCGUCCGCCAUGAGGAGCUGUCGCUUGCCCUCUUUGCCUCUGCGCGACAAGCGGGUGCGUACCCAGAGUUCCUGCGCUCGCCCGGCAUCAUCGACCUGCACGACCUCUCGCUGGGUGCCAGCUUGGCAGGGGUGCACUGGUGGCUGACACGAAUUGUCCCUGAUGCCCUAGAUGCUGGCACUUUCGACCGCUUCGUGAUCGUCACAGGUUUGGGAAAGUCGCGAUCGGACGGUAGGGGCAGCGUGAUUCAAGGUCCCGUUCUUAGCAUGCUGCAGCUCUGGGGCCUGGACGCUUCGGUGAUUCCAAACAACCCAGGACGGCUGCAGGCCUUUUUGCGGGUGCGCGGCGCAUGUCUUUCGUGGAUCUUUGGAUGUUGUGGCUGCGGUUCAUGA